AUGCCGCCGAAGCGCGCGCACGACGCGCCCGCGUCGACGAUCGACGUGCGCGUGCGAUUCCCCGGCGAACGCGACGCGACGCGCCUCGCCAUCGACGCGCGCGCGCCGACGGUGCGCGCCGCGAUCGAGGCGCUCACGAAGGCGCGUCGGGACGUGCGCGACGCGCUGUCGACGUCGUACGCCGGGUUUGAGAUCGCGCUGAGCGCGCGAGGAACGAACGACGACGGCGCGACGCUGCGGGAAGACGCGCCGUGCGCGAAAGACGAAGAGUACGUCGCGCGGUUGACGCGAGCGUACGCGCUGCGAGCGACGACGCAUCCGACGCGCAAGUACGUCGUGGGACGAUUUAAGGGAGAACGCACGCCGGUGUUCAGCGUGGGAGAGCGCGCGCCGGUGGAGUGGCAGAUGCGACACGCGAAGAGCGAUGCGAGUGGGAACGCGUUGGUGCUCACGGGAGGGAAAAAGGGGAACAAGGGCGCGUACACGGGGACGCGAGACGCGCAGAGCGCUUCGUACUUUGUGCUCAUGUCGCACAGGGAUGAAGCGACGGCGACGGUGCGAGAAUUCGUGGCGAUGCCGUGUGAGGACUGGUAUACGUUCACGCAUAACGUACAGCGGCGAGUGUUCACGCUGGAAGAGGCGGAGGCGAGGAUGGAGGCGGGGAAACGCGCGGUGGGCGAGGCGUGGGGACGCAUGGAUCGAACGGUGGACGAACCGGGGUACUCGGACGACGAGAGCGACGGCGAUAGAGGUGAGCAGAGGGACGAAUCGAGCGAUGAAGAGGACGCUUUUAAGGCAAAGAAAGGGAAGAAAAAGGCGAUUCAAGGCGUCGGUCUCGAUAGCGACGACGAAGACGACACCGGGAAGAAAUCGGGCAAGCCGGCGCGCAAAAGUCAGGACGAAGGAGGCGAGGAUUGGGAGCACGACGAGGAGUGGGACGACGACGAGGAUGACGUCGCGAUUCCAGAGGACGAAGAGGCACCGAAAGACCCGACGAAGACGCACGCAGACAGCGAUGCGGAGGACGAGGGAUUAGAUGAAGAAGGUUUAGCCGUGAAAAAGUUGCUCGGCAAGCAAGAAAAAAUGCAAGCCGGUCAGUUUAGCGAUUCCGACUCAGACUCCGAACUCGAGGAAGAUUUUAACCCGGACAACGACGAUAUCGCCGCCAAGGUCGUCGGCUCUUUCGUCGAAAGAAGCAAAAAAUUGGAGGCUGAGGAAAAAGCCGAAGCGGCUGCGCAACCGAUGGCGAAAUCCGCGUCGGCGUCCUCCAUCGGCGUCAAGCGGAGCGCGAGCGACGUCGACACCGCCGCGCCACUGGCCAAGACAGCACGCGUCGCGCCACCGACGGCACCGAAACAAUCUCCGAUCCAGGCUGUGAUCAUCGACGUCGUGCGCAAAAAUCCCGACAGCACCACCGUCAAGCUCAUCACGAAGACGUGUCGCAAGAAAGGCUUGUUGAACAGCACCGCCGGUGCCGAGGAGCUCAAGGAAGCGAUCAAAAACUUGCUCGUCAUGAAGAAACUUCGCGAUGGCUCUCAAGUCUUAGUGUUGAAAUAA